ACUCCGUCAUCAUUAAGCUCAAGAAGAGUGUGGCUGACAAGUGAAAAGCCACACGUUUACGAGUGAAUUUGAUGCUGUUGGGACAAUCGUUCUUCGCCUGUUUGACUCCAUAAGAUGUCUUCACUCCUCAAGGUGGACAAUGAAAUUAAAACCAAGGUGAGGUUUGUCAUCGUUGAACCGGCGCGAAGGUUUAAACGGCGUGUUGUUGUUGCUAUUUGUAUGCUAACAUGUUAGCCACGUUUUUGUAGCAUGAUGUGAUGGCUCAGAUCAGGCCGGGCUGAUAGCAGCUAACGGCGGCCUACCGGCUUGUUUCCCGCCUGCUUCAGGACACCUGUCAAACAGUUGUUGUAUCACAGUGAAGCUGAACUCGUGAUCGGAGACAGAAAAGCUGUAUUGAAACAUUAUUUUAUGUUAUUAUACUUCAUGGUGGACCACAUGCUCUGAAAGGCCCGAGCUAACAAUUUAGCCAACUCACACCUGCGCCAUGUUACCCACUAUAACAGCUUUAAUUUGAUUUUUAUUUCAACAUCUUUUCUUAUUUCAUAUUGAUAUAACCACCAAAAAAGAAAAAAAUCUGCUUUUUUUUAACCACAUAAUUUCCUACAGGGACACAGAACAGAAAGCGAAAGAACAAAAAACCAAAGUAAAAUAAAUAAACAUAUCUGUCUACCAACAAAUAAAGAGCUCAGAAUCAGACAAGCACAUUACAAAGAAACAAAACAAGAAAACUAAGCAAACAAACAAACAAACAAAUAAGUUAAUAAAAAAUAAAAAGGCAGCAACAAUAACAUCAAUGAACUCUAUCCAAAUGUGCGUACAUAUUGGUCACACAUGUGUACACAUUAGGCCCGACCGAUUUAUCGGCGAGCCGAUCGGCCAAUUUUAGUCCGUUUGAGACUAAUCGAUAAUCGGCAAAACUCGCCGAUUUCCGCCGAUAUUUUCAGAAAUAAAAUGCAGAGAAUAAGAUACGGUUUCACUUAUGAUCAAUUUGUUUUGAGAUGACAGUGUAGUUCCAUUCUGAAGUAAUUGAACGCAAAGAAAGAGGUAGAUUAGGACUUAACCCCAGCCAAGAAGCACAGAAUCCCGGGUUGGUCUUUGAUGCUGAUUUUAACUUUAAAACUCAUGCUAGGGGGUCACUAAAACAGCCUUUUACCAUCUUAAAAACAUUGCAAAAGUACAACCGUUACUCUCUCUGAGCCAGAGACCAAUGCACGCUUUUAUAACCAGCAGGUUUGACUACUGUAAUGCUCUCCUCUCUGGUCUACCCAAAAGCACAAUAAACCAGCUACAGCUGAUCCAAAACUCUGCUGCUAGAAUUUUACUGAAUAAUAAUAAUAAUUUACUGAAAGAUUCUAGAAAAUUCUAGAAAAAUGGUUAAUUCAUAUCUCUAAGAGAGUAUGGGGAGUUGUAUGGAUCAAGAGUUCUUUUAAAUAUGAAGGGCAAUUCUUAGAUUUAUGAAGUAUUAAUGUCCCUGUUUUACUUAAAGGACCUACUGUGCUAAUCUAAUAAACAAACUCUUGAGUCUUAUGAUCCUCCUGCUCCUCUUAAGGUCCCCUGAUUGCUCAUACUUUUGAUCAUUUGCUGUAAUGGAUCUCAUAUUUUGGCUGUGUUGUAUUUGCAGGUCGAUGCUUUCAGGGAACGAAUCACUUCAGAAGUAAGUAUUGAUUUAACAUCGAUAUGUUAUGUAAACACGGGCAUACACACUGCUGUAAAUCUGUAUGAUUUCUACAAGAGAGAAAUUUUACAUGUACUUUUUUUUUUCUAGGCAGAGGAUCUAGUUGCGAAUUUUUUCCCCAAGAAGUUAUUGGAACUUGAUCACUUCCUCAAGGUAAGUUCAAUAACAGCAUAUGUGCAUCUUUUAUGGCACAUGAAAGAAAGGAAAUCCAAAGAUGAUUAUCAAAGGCAGUACAACGCUUUUUUGCAUAAAUAAAGAGCAAGAGAGUGUAAUAAAUGUAACACAAACAGACAAGCCCUGCUCUGUUCUUUGCUGCUUUGUACUAUUUUGUCCUUCUUGUGUUGUUUAUGGAGGUAAUAAAUCAACAUGUAGCUCCAAACACCAAAGUCUGCUGACACACAUUUGGCCAAAACGGAUCUACAAAUGAACAGCAGAUAUAAAACAGAAUAUUAGAGAACACCCACACUCCUUGAAUAUGUUGCUAUAGCUACAUGUGAUUGUUGGCAAAUGUAUAUUUCCACAGUGGAGACCAUGAUUUUCAAAGCAGCAUGAUAAAUGUCUUGAAUGUGUUUCUUUUUCUCUGCUUUAUUCAGGACCCUAUCAUAAACAUCAGUGAACUGAAGGAGAUCCACUCUGAGAUAAACCUCACUGUGCCAGACCCCAUCCUGCUCUCAGACCUGCAUGACGGUUUAGAGGGGGUGAGGCACUCAUUUUAGAAUUGUAGAUGAAGUUUAAAAAGAGAACUACUGAUAUGUUGAGCUGAGCAGAAUUUUUUUUUAAUUUGUUCAACAGCAAAAUGCCAAAAAGAGAAAGCUCGAGGAUGGUGGGGAGGAUAAGGGUGAGUAAACGAUGUUAAAUAGGUAAAUAAAGAGUUUGAAUGGAUCCAUAAGCAACCUUUUUAUUUAUUUACCCACCCUCCCUUGUUUUUCUCCUCUAGUGACCGGCACCAAGGUCUUUGUCAUGCCCGGUGGGAUGAUGAAGAGCAACGGAAACCUUGUGGACCUUAUUGAAAAGGUUAAACCAGAGAUCAGGACGCUCAUAGAGAAAUGUAACACAGUAAGUCAGAUUUUGACACAAACAUGUAAAGUAAAGGCUGAGAGUAUUUUUGUAACUGAGGACCCUGAAGUUUCCACAUAGUUACUGUGACUGUAGAGGCCAUAUUUUAGUUCCAUUUACCUGUGCUGAUUCUAAGCACUCUUCUUGUCUUCUGCAGGUCAAAAUGUGGGUUCAGCUGCUCAUCCCCAGGAUAGAAGAUGGAAACAACUUUGGAGUGUCCAUCCAGGAGGAGACGGUAGCUGAACUCAGAACAGUUGAAGGGGAGGCGGCAUCCUACCUGGAUCAGAUUUCAAGGUUAGUAGGAGUUUUGAUAAUACCCUGCUUCAUACACUUCGAGAUGUAAGACAGAUGCAAUGUUUUUAUAUGGUUUUAUAAAUUGGUUCUGCUUUUUUCUUUCAGAUACUACAUCACACGGGCAAAGCUGGUUUCUAAAAUAGCAAAAUAUCCACACGUGGUAAGUGAACAAUGUCCUACAAGAUUUAGAUUUCAGAAGAGGACAAAAAAAACAACAGUCAGAUGUUAAAAAUGUCAAGGCAUGUCUUUGCAUACAUGACCAGAGUUUCUGGGAUAUAUAGCAGUUUGGUCCGGGGGAGCUUAAAACAAAAACCCACAGUGACAUCUGGUGGUUUGUAAAGCUUAGAGCAGUCAUUACGGUGCAGAGCACGUCAGGAAUUUGCAAUUUUCUUUAGUGCCGUGAAUAUGGGCUGAGAUUUGUGCCACUACAAACUGAAAUUGAAUAAUAAUGUUGAAUUUGAAAAGCAUGAUUAAAAAUUGAAAUUAAUGUUUUGAAACUUAAUUCAUUUGACAGACCGUAGAUGUGAAUCUGUGCUCAAAUUCAGCAAAAUAAUCUAUUAUUUUCGGUUUCCAGCGGCACAAAUCUCAGUCCAUAUGUGACGAACUGCAACUUUAAUUGUUGCAAACUUCUUUGCUGUAGAAUUUUUUUUUAUCAGUGGUUUUUCUGAAUUUUUUUAAGGCCUCUAAAUCUAUUUUUGUCUGCAUAUGAAGUUUGCUCUGACUUUGCCACUAGUUUUAAGGCCUAUAGAUUGCUUUUGAUGGGUUACAUUUAAAGAAAAUCUGUGAAAGGAAAAAAAAAGUUUUGUCCACUUUUUUUAAUGUUCAGUGUAAUAUAAACAGAGAUGGAUAUAAAUGUCAAUGUGGACUUGUUUCAGGAGGACUAUCGGCGCACAGUCACUGAGAUUGAUGAGAAGGAAUACAUCAGUCUGAAGAUCAUAGUUUCGGAGCUUCGAAAUCAAUAUGUGAGUAAAGAUCUUCAUUUUUCAUUUUUCUUUUAGUAUAAUCCUUUUUCUUGAGAGUAGCUUUUUCCACUUUUCUACACAAUCACCUAAUCUUUUUAUCUUUUUUCUAUAAAGGUUACGUUACACGACAUGAUCCUGAAGAACAUCGAGAAGAUCAAGAGGCCACGAAGCAGUAAUGCUGACGCGUUGUACUGAUGUUCAUCCACUCAUCGUUGUCUCCACCUCCCAUUUCUACCACCCCUCUCGUCCCUCCCUCCAUCAUGCCAUGUCAAGCUGCAGUAGCCUUGUCCCGGUCCACAGGACUACAACUAGACAUUCACACUCUUCAGUACAAUCAACCCAGCCCAGUACAGAAACGGAACUAGCUUUCAUAGAUGGACACAGUGCACGUUUUUGUUUUAAUUGUAAAAUAUUUGACUUGUUUUAAAUCCUUUGACGACAUAAAUAUUCUCUCGGAAAGUGGGGAAAUAGCCCAUAGAAAACAUAAAGCGCUAUGUAUUUUUUAAUUUUAAUUAAACAUCUUGUCCUCAUCUUUGUGAAAUCGCCUCAUUUAUAGCUCUUAAAGUGGUUUCUUUCAUGCUUCUCUGAUUGUUUGUUUGUUUUUAUUCUCUUAGUCUUGUAAAUAAGACUUUUUUUUUUUUUUGCAGCUGGAGGUUCACUUCAAAGAUACACAACACAGAUGCCGUUUCAUGGUUUCGUUCUUUGUCUUUGAAAUGUUAUAGCUUUUGCAGUGUAGUUUUACCAAAUUCUGGAGAUUAAGCAGGUUUAAGGUUUUCAGGCUUAUUGUUUUCAGUGAAAAUUCAUAAGUCACCAAAGCAUCUUUGAUGUAGAGGCAUGUAUCUAUUGAAUAAAACUUUUUUUGAUAAGAGA